AUGUGGAAAUAUGUAACGCGUCGUUUGAGGGACACAAUUGAAAAAAGUGCUAAUCAUUUUGAUAAACGAAGUUCUGCUUUUAUUAACACUCCGAAUGAGUUUUGUGACGAGAAUAAUAAAAAGUACAGUUCCCCAUGCUGUUGGUUUAACCCGCGUAAAUGUUGGAGUUCCUAUCAAAAUGAUGAUGCCAAAAGUAAAAAGUGGAAUUUCGACCACUUAAACCGCACUUGGAUAGGUGCCAUUACAUGGAGCAGUGCUUUGGUAUUCGGUUGGUAUGCUGGGCAAUUAAUCCACCUCAACAUUAAGAAUCAAGUUGCUAAUAAAAAGUAUCAACACUCAAGUAUUAAUUCACUUCUUGCAUCUCUACAGCAUCUUAGACAUGCACAAAAUGCUAAUAAAUUAGACACCAUCUAUGAGAUAGCUGGCGAUAAUACAGUGGCACCUGUUCUUCAUUUGAUAUCAAAUGAUCCUAAAGGAGAAAACAAACCCAAUAGUGAUAAAAGUUCUGAUAGCUCUAGUGACGAUCUAGGUGAAGUUCUGAAUUCCAUUGAGAACAAAUUGGGCUUAGCAGCUAUUGAGAAUGGACAACAUAAAGAUGGUUUGAACUUGUUAAGGUCAGCUGCCAAUAGAAAUCAUCCUCCAGCCCUCUAUAAUCUGGGCUUGUGCUACGAGAUGGGAUUAGGAGUCAAAGUUGAUGAGAAAGUUGCAAUGGAACUAUAUAGAUCUGCAGCCGCACUUCAUCAUCCUGGUGCUCUAUAUAAUCUUGGCAUCUAUUAUGGACAAGGCCGUGGAGGUCUAACAAAAGAUGUUCAUACUGCAACACGGCUUUUACGGCUAGCUGCUGUACAAGGUCAACAAGAUGCAAUAACAGCUUUGAACACGCUAGAUGUUGACAUUAAGGAACCAUCAUCCCCACAAGAAAGGGGUUGUUGGACAAAGCAGUACAGUCCGUUGAUGGAAAAUGGAAUAAUCCCGACUUAUUCUUCACUUUUUGUUGACAAUGUAACACCUAUGACAAGUUACAAUUAUGAACCUAUUGUUUACUGA